AAUUCCCAAAAGAAAAAAAAAAAAAAAAAAACUGGCUCCAAAAUCUCAUCUUGUAUAAAAAAAGGACAAGCGUGAUCUCUCCUUACUUCUCUGAUAAAAUCUCAUCUUUCCCUCUUCUUCCUCUCAACAUUUCAUUUCACCUUAGUAUUUUUUUUUUCUCUUUUCACAUUUGAUAAAAUUUUCACACAUCAAUCUCUCUCCUCUGCUCCACUUUAGGAGAGAGAGACAAGAGAGGUUGCAUCAAUGAGGAAGCUUUUCUAAGGACUUGUUAAAUCCUUCACUUCUAUUCUACUAUAACCAUGACUUCAUAAAACUACAAACAGUAUAACAUCAACAAAAAACACAAAAAAAACAUCAACCCAUCUUCAAUUUCUUCAUCUAAAAUCUAAGAAAACAUUAAAAAUGUCACCUUCUCAAGAAUUCCAGGAACAAAACCCAUUUUCUGUGUUGGAUGCUUUGUACUGUGAAGAAGAGAAAUGGGAAGAUGAAGAUGAAAAUGAUAAUGAUGAAGAAAUUCGAAGCUUUGAAAGAAACAACAAUGGUGGUGGUGGUGGUGGCAGUGGAUUACUUCCACUUUUGUUGUUAGAACAAGAUUUGUUCUGGGAAGAUGAAGAACUUCAAUCUCUGUUUUUUAAAGAAACAGAGGGGAGAUUUGAAAUGGGUAGUUUUGAUAUUUCACUUUCUUCUUUAAGAAAAGAAGCAGUUGAAUGGAUUUUAAAGGUCAAUUCCUAUUAUGGGUUUUGUACCUUAACUUGUGUUCUUGCUGUUAAUUAUCUUGAUAAAUAUUUAUCAAGUUUCCAUUUUCAAAAAGAUAAACCAUGGGUGUUUCAGCUUGCUGCUGUUACUUGUCUCUCUCUUGCUGCUAAAGUUGAAGAAACUUAUGUCCCUCUUCUCUUAGAUCUUCAAGUGGAAAGUGGGAAAUAUAUGUUCGAAGCAAAAACAGUUCAGAAAAUGGAGUUAUUGGUGCUGACUACAUUAGAAUGGAAGAUGAAUCCAGUGACUCCACUUUCAUUUUUUGAUCAUAUAAUCAGACGGCUAGGAUUGAAGAAUCAUCUCCAUUGGGAGUUUCUUAGGAGAUGUGAAGGACUCUUACUCUCUCUCCUAUCUGAUUGGAGAUUUAUGAGUUUUGUACCAUCAGUGUUGGCUACUGCAACAAUGAUGCAUGUCAUUGACCAAAUUGAGCCUUCCAACCCAGUUGAUUACCAGAAUCAGCUUCUGGGUGUGCUUAAUAUCAGCAAGGACAAGGUGAAUGAUUGUUAUCAACUGAUCGUGGAGAAAUCAUCAGAUGGCAACAAAAGUGACAAAAAUUGUAAUUCAAAGAGAUCAUUUGACGAAAUGAUGAUGAUGAAUAAUUUCCCUCCUACUUCUUCUUCUACUUCAAGCAGUGAUAUUAUUCCAAGUAGUCCAAGUGGAGUAAUGGAUGCAUACUACCUUAGCUGUGACAGCUCCAAUGAUUCAUGGGACGCAGCUAAUACUAUGACGGUAACAUCAUCCUCUUCACUCUCAUCCUCAGUAUCGUCUUCUCCAGUGUUAACUAGGAAGAAGACUAGAGUUCACGAGCAGCCAAUGCCGCUGCAGCUGCCUUCUCUAUCUAGAGUAUUCGUCGACCUCGUCGCCACCCCUCGUUGAGCCUAGCCUGGCCAUAGGAACGCCCUACGCCCGCCAUUUCUAUAAUUCUGUUCCAAACUAAGAGAUCCUUCUUCUCGUACGUACGUUCCUCUUGAAGACUAUAUACUCAACAAAAAAAAAAAUUGGGGACAUAUUUAUAUCAUAUAAUAGUAGAACUUAUAUUAUAUGGUUAUAAAUUCUUUCCCUGCAUAAUUUUUUGUUCAUGUAUGUGUGCUAAUAUUGAUCUAUAUAUUGUGUAUGGUACCAUAUGCAUGGAAUGCAUGCAUGCAUGCAUGGAGAGGAAAAAGAGAGAAUAGAAACAUGAAAUGAUGAAGGAUAUUAGAAGGGUUGUGAAAUGCAACUUUAGAUGCAUGUGAUGAAUUGUGAAGAAAGAAGAGAGAAAACAUGGAGUGGGGUCAAGUGAGGAUUUUUGGGGGCAAAACUUUGGACUUUUGGGGGGUUUUGACCUCGGUGGAAGUGGGUCACCACUAAAAUAGGUCUAGGGAGGAGUACUAUUUUUGUAUCUACUUGAGUAUUUUUUUUCUUUUUUUCAACUUGUUACUUUAAUUUUGGGGAGAAAAGGAGGAUGAAAUGACUGUAUACCAUCCUUUUUAACCUACUCCAACCAUGAUUAAAUAAAAUUAAGUACAGUCUUGCUGUAUAUUAUUGUCA